AUGGCACCAAGCGCCACCAACGAUGGCCAUCAGGGGGCAAACGGGCAGACUGCCAAGCGGCCCAUCAAAAUCGCAGCUUGCUCUGGAGGCGUCUACGAUCGUAAAAGGGCGAUUCAUGACAUGGCAAAGAAUGAAGACGUCGAUGUCAUUACCGGCGAUUGGAUGUCUGAGUGUAACAUGACUCUCCGCGGCUCCGACAAGCGUGACCGACUCGCCCAGAAAAAGAUGUCUUCUGGCUCGACCGUUGUCGCCAAGGGGUACGAGCCGUAUUUUUUGGACGAGUUGGACCCUGCGAUUCCCCAUCUCGCGAGCCGGGGAAUCAAAAUUGCUGUCAACGCCGGAGCAAGUGACGUCCAUGGCCUCGCCUUGGCCGUCAAGGAGCUGAUCAUGAAACACGGCGUCGACCUGAAGGUUGGCGUGGUGGAUGGCGAUGAUGUGACUGACGCUGUCCUGGAUCUGUAUCAAAAGGGCGAAACGUUUCCCAAUCUCCCUGCAAAUAAGCCCAUUCAAGAGUGGGGGUUCGACCCUGUUUGCGCACAAUGUUAUCUCGGUGGCACAGGUAUUGCCGAAUGCUUCAGAAAUGGCGCAGACAUCGUACUUUGUGGGCGGGUCGCAGAUGCGUCGGUGACAGUCGGUGCUGCUAUGUGGUGGCAUGGCUGGACGCGCGAGAACUUGACCGAGCUGGCGGGCGCGCUAAUGAUUGGACAUAUCAUCGAGUGCAGCACCUAUGCCACAGGCGGCUACUACUCUGGGUUCAAGGACCUGAAGGGCGAGGACACGGAUAUGGGAUAUCCCAUCGCUGCCAUCGACGAAAAAGGAGAGGCCAUCAUCACCAUGGAGAAAGGCAAACAUGGUCUGGUCAACACGCAGACUGUCGCCAGUCAGCUUCUCUACGAGAUUCAGGGGCCUUUUUAUUACAACUCGGAUGUCACAGCCUCCAUCGAAGACAUGCAUCUCCAGGAAAUCGGCGAGAAUGCCGUGCACGUCUCAGGCGUGAAGGGUUUACCACCUCCUUCUACGACGAAAGCCAAGGGCGGCUGGCAAGCCGAGUUUCACUUCUACCUAACGGGACUUGACAUUGCUGAAAAAGCUGCAAUGAUUGAGCGCCAGACGAAGGCACUCAUGGGUGACCACAUAAAGCGCUUCUCCUGCUUGAAAUUCAUGGUGGCCGGGAAUGUCCCCUCUGAUCCGCAAUCCCAGGAAGAAGCCACUGUCGAUAUGCGAAUUUUCGCCCAGACGCGCGACCCAGAUCUGCUUUCGGGAAAUAACUUUGUCGAUUCGGAUCGUGGCUCCUUCGCGCGAUUCUGUAUCGAGAACCUUCUUCAGGGUUAUCCGGGUAGCACGAUGGCGCCAGAUAUGCGCACAGCCAUCGGAAGGCCAUUUUUUGAAUACUGGGUCAGCCUGCUGCCACAAAGCUUCGUGAAUGAGACGGCGCAUCUGCCAGACGGCAGAGUCCUGGACAUUCCGUCACCGGUGGUGACGAGAGAAUACGCGCGUGAGCAACCCAGUUACGAGACCGAUUCCCCUGCCAACCUUAAGAAGUUUGGGCCCACGACAAGAGGCCCUAUCGGCUGGGUAGUCAUGGGACGUUCUGGCGACAAGAGUUCCAAUUGCAACCUGGGCCUGUUUGUUCGCCACGACGACGAAUGGGAUUGGCUGAGGACCAUUAUGGGUACUAAACAGUUGAGAAGUAUGUUGGGCAAGGAUGAUGUUGGAAACCAGAUCGAUCGAUGUGAGUUCCCCAACAUUCGAGCGGUGCACUUCUUGUUGAAGGAUCAUCUGGACCGCGGUUUCAACUCGACCAGCAGCUUUGACAGCCUGGGAAAGAACCUGUGCGAGUAUAUUCGGGCGAAGCAUGUAGAUAUUCCCAACAUGUUCUUGGAGCGAGGAAGGAUUUAG